CGUUCGCUACUGCAGCGCACGAAAAAAAAAAGCAAAAAAGCGAGAAAAGUGAAAACAACGCGUAUUUGUCGCUAUCGUGAAAAAAACCAGGAAAAUCAUGGAUUACGAGGAGCUAGCCGUCACCGAAGAGCUAAACCAAGUGGAACGCAAGGAGAGCGGCAAACGGGGACGCAAACCGGGCCGGAAGGCAUCCACGGAGAAGAUAGACAUGAAAGCUAAACUUGCAGAGCGUAGCCGACAGAGCGCACGAGAGUGCCGGGCACGCAAGAAGCUGCGCUAUCAGUAUCUGGAGGAGAUGGUCACGGAUCGCGAGAAAGCCGUCUUCGAGCUACGCCGCGAACUGGAGAAGCUGUACUCCUGGGCCAUGGAGGUAGAAGCCGGUCGGUUUCCCGAUGGUCUGCAGGAGCUGCUCGAGGAGCUGGGUGCGAUGAAGCAAGAGUGAAAUUGAGUGAGUGAUUCGCCGCUACCCUCCACAUGCUCCAUCUACGGACCAGCUAGUUCCGGUUCGUGAUUUUAGUUGUUUAAGUUCUAGACGUAGUGUCGUGCCAGUAUACGUACUAUUUCUCUCUUUUCGGUCGUAGGGAUAUUCCAUUCCCUGUAGCCAUGUGUUGGCCGCGUUUUCCGUUGUGUUACGUUCUCCUGAUUUCCUUCCAGCUUAGUUUUUAUUUCGUUUUAUGCGUUUCUGUUUGAUGUUUCGUUAAGCAAUUUGCCAAAAAAGAGGAAUAUGAAGAACGGAGAGAAAAUAUACUACAAAAAAAGGGGAAAAGAAAAAUAUGAAAACAGCACAAAAAGAACAAGAAGAAGAAGAAGAAGAAGCAAUCACCGAAUAGGGACCGAAAGUUGCGAACAGAGCAGAUCGGAACGACGGAAUCAAACAGUUACCUCAUUUCAAUAGCGCGUACAACACCACAGCAGUCGGAGUGGCUUCUCGGAAACACAAUUAUCUUAUCCACGACAUAGGUUUCAUUAAAGCAGCAUUAAACGUAGCUGUCGGCAAGAUUCGAUAACGAAAAGCCAUAGCGUUUUGCUUCCCGGCUUACUGUGGCCUGCUGGACUGGAACGGUGUUUUAAUAUACACUUUAAUGUACUAUCUUCAUUCAUUCGUGUACAAAUUGCUGCUCACAACGAAGGCGUGAUAGGUAUGUGUCAAUAAUAUAUGGAUUAAUGUAGUAGUGGCGUAUUAUUUUAAGAUUAAUAAGCCGCGUUUAUGAUACAAAGAAAUAAGAACUAUUUUACGUUCCUUAGUUACCUUGUGUUGGCGUUGCAUUGUUUUGUGAUGAAGAACGGCACUCAGAAGGCUGCGGUGACGAACCCAGUGGAUUAGUGCCGGAAGGCAGUAGUAGCCUGGGUUUUACCAUCUGGCUCCUUUGUCGAAAACCGGUAACAGUUGCCUGCGAGGAACAGUUUUUUGCUAAGAGAGAUAAAGAACCUAUUUUUGUACGGUACAUUUAACACUUUCAAUAAUAAACAGAAUCCUUAAUUCAACA